AUGACUUUGGACACCCAGAUGUUUCAGAAUGCACACUCUGGAAGCCAAUGGCUACUUCCACCACUGUCAAUUCUGCUGCUGUUUGCUUUUGCAGACAGGCAGAGUGCAGCUCUUCCGAAGGCUGUGGUGAAACUGGACCCCCCAUGGAUCCAGGUGCUCAAGGAAGACAUGGUGACACUGAUGUGCGAAGGGACCCACAACCCUGGGAACUCUUCUACCCAGUGGUUCCACAACGGGAGGUCCAUCCCGAGCCAGGUCCAAGCCAGCUACACGUUUAAAGCCACAGCCAAUGACAGUGGAGAAUAUCGGUGCCAAAUGGAGCAGACCCGUCUCAGCGACCCUGUAGAUCUGGGAGUGAUUUCUGGUGGGGGCAGGCACAAGAUAAGGCUAAAGCCUGUGACUGGGCAGUGGAAAAAGAAGGUAAGCUGAGAGUUUUAG